AUGGAGAAUUCAUCCGCAACAGAAGAAGAUAUGGUCCUUAAUCUCGAAUUUUGUGUGAGAAAAACAACUUCCUCUGAAUAUUACCAUGAAGAUGGAGGAGUACUCUUUAUUAGAGCAAAGUAUUCAGAAGUUUAUCAGACUACUCGCCUACACUAUGCUGUUUUCUUUCGAGUUGAAGAUGCCUACAACGCCAUCUCUCGGUCUCUGGAUCGCUUGGGAGUUCAUGGGGAUGUUCAAACCGAGUGCAUCAAUGUAGUGAUAAGCAAGGCACAGGAGCUCUGUCAGAAAAAUCUGAGUAAACAAGAUCACAGAGAAAACCGCGUAUUGUGUAUUGUGGAUCUACCCCACGAACACCUUGUUGAGGACUGGCAAGAAUCAACGGAGGAUCAAGACCAAGGCAUGGAGGAUGAAGACGAGGGCAUGGUGCCAGCGGCUCUACCAGCGAUAAGAUCACUUGGGGCAACAAGAAUACAAGUUGAAGAAGGUAAUAAGAAUGUUCAGCAGUGCGUCAUCUGUCAGGAAGAGUAUCAUGAUGGUGAGAAGGUGACGUGCAUGCCGUGUUUGCAUAUGUUUCACAAGGACUGCAUUACCAAGUGGCUACUCAGGAGUCACUUGUGCCCUAUUUGCAAAUUUCAGAUGCCAACAUCUUCCUGA